UGUCAAUGUGACAAGUACCUAGCCAAAAUAGAUGCAAAAAAUUGCGAUAGAAAAAUGUUUAUUGUUGGUUGAACGUUAAAUUGUCCAACGUUUUCUAAUUAUUUCCUUAAAAUUUUAAUCAAUUAUUACAAAGAAGUUAUAUUCAACGUUUAUAAUCACGAAUUCCAGGGUAUAUUUACGAAUAUUUGGUUUAUUGAACUGUGGCAUAUUUCGUCGACCUAUUUUCAUUCAGUUUAUUUUGAGAUUUCUUCCUAUAACUGCGAAAAACUGUUCUAGUUUUACUCCUAAAAUAUUUAGGAGUCAACCUACUUUCAUUUUUAGUUCGUUUAGCUACCGCCACGAAGAUAGGUUCGAGAAUUGAUUCGCGUGAACAAGUUCUUAGAAAUAAGUGGUUUUUAGAGAUGCUGUGUCAAUAAACUGAAGUUAUAUUUUUAGGAAAACGCCUGAAUGCAAAACCUAGGGAAAAUGAUAACGGAGCAGCUUCGAAAUCCAAACGAACUGGACAUAAGCCUGCGAAUGGAGUUCGGUCCAUUUGAAACUGUGCAUAAGUGGAAGCGCAUGUCUGAGUGCUACGAGUUUGUGGGCGCCAGACGUAGCAAACACACAGCGGUAGCAUACAAAGACGCAAUUUAUGUGUUCGGGGGUGACAACGGGAAGUCUAUGCUGAAUGACCUGAUCCGAUUUGACAUCAGAGAAAAGUCCUGGACAAAGACUGGCUGUAUGGGAGUGCCACCUGCACCACGUUAUCACCAUUCUGCAGUGGUUCACCGGUCUUCCAUGUUCGUAUUCGGCGGCUACACAGGCGACAUACUCGCCAACUCCAAUCUCACGAACAAAAAUGAUUUAUUUGAGUACAAAUUCCAAAGCGCACAAUGGGUCCAAUGGAAGUUUACAGGACAGGAGCCUGUACCAAGGUCAGCUCACGGCGCGGCGGUGUACGACGACAAGCUGUGGAUAUUCGCCGGCUACGACGGAAACGCGCGCCUCAACGACAUGUGGACUACCAACCUUGUGGCGCCAAACCACCAAUGGGAGAGGAUAGAACAAAAGGGCCAGUGCCCGCCCACUUGCUGCAAUUUCCCCGUGGCCGUGGCGCGCGGCAAGAUGUACGUGUUCAGCGGACAGAGCGGCGCCAAGAUCACCAACGCGCUCUUCCAGUUCGACUUCGAGACUCACACUUGGACCCGCGUAUGCACAGAACACUUGCUGCGCUGCGCGGGCCCGGCCCCAGCGCGGCGAUACGGUCACGUGAUGCUGGCCCAUGGCCGCCAUCUUUACGUCUUCGGAGGUGCCGCUGACAACACUCUGCCUGGAGAUCUCCACUGUUAUGACCUAGACACACAGAUGUGGUCGGUGGUGCUACCGUCAGCGGACUCGCAGCUGCCGACGGGGCGGCUGUUCCACGCGGGCGCGGUGGUGGGCGACGCCAUGUACAUCUUCGGCGGCACCGUGGACAACAACGUGCGGAGCGGCGAGCUGUUCCGCUUCCAGCUAUCGAACUACCCUCGCUGCACAUUACACGACGACUUCGGGCGCAUCCUCAAGUCGCAGCAGUUUUGUGACGUCACGCUUCUAGUGGGACCCGACAAAGUUCCCGCGCGCGCGCACCAAGCCAUGCUCGCCGCGCGUUCGCAGUACUUACGGGCUAAGAUCAAGGAGGCACGCGAAGAGCUAUCCAAACGCAUCGCCGCGGGCGAGGAGCCGGCGUCGGAGGUGUACUCGUACAAGGCGGAGCCGCGCCUCACGGUGCCGCUGCCCGAGGCCACGCCCGAGGCCUUCAGCAUGGUGCUCAACUACAUCUACACCGACCGGAUCGACCCCACCGAGAAGGACGAAGACCCUGCAUCGCCAGCCACCAUUCUACUAGUAAUGGAAGUGCUCCGACUAGCCAUAAAGCUGAGCAUCCCGCGGCUACGAGGGCUGUGCGCGCGGUUCCUGCGAGCCAACCUGUGCUACAGCAACGUGCUGCCGGCGCUGCACGCGGCGCACCACGCUCACCUGAGCUGCAUCAAGGAGUACUGCCUGAGGUUCGUGGUGAAAGACUACAACUUCACUCCGAUCGUGAUGUCUGCGGAGUUCGAGCAGAUGGACCAGAGCCUCAUGGUGGAGCUCAUCCGGCGCCGCCAGCAGCCCAGCAAGCAGCCGCCCGCGCCCUACAACGACUACGAAGAAGAGAUCAAUGGCACAACACUAGAACAGGACAUGAGUGUAUUCGCGAGCGGCGGCGCAGGCGGCUUAGAGUUGAGUGACGUGAAGCUACGAGUGGGGUCUGCUAGCCGGCCGGCCCACCGGUCCGUGCUAGCCGCGAGAGCUGCGUACUUUGAAGCUAUGUUCAGAUCAUUUUCGCCGCAAGAUAAUAUUGUUAAUAUUCAAAUCUGCGACACUGUCCCGUCAGAGGAGGCCUUUGAUUCUUUGCUCCGGUACAUUUACUAUGGCGACACCAACAUGCCUACAGAGGACUCCCUGUAUCUGUUCCAAGCGCCAAUAUACUACGGGUUCACCAACAACCGUCUCCAAGUGUUCUGCAAGCACAACCUGCAGAGCAACGUGUCGCCUGACAACGUGCUCGCCAUCCUGCCGGCCGCCGACCGCAUGCGAGCCGCCGACAUCAAGGAGUACGCGCUCAAGAUGAUCGUGCACCACUUCGGACAGGUGGCCCGCCAAGAAGCGAUCAAGAACCUAGCACAACCACUACUCGUCGACAUCAUCUGGGCACUCGCCGACGAGCCGCACUACGACGCUCCGCUGCCGCUGCAGCCGCGCCCGCUGCCGUCCUCAGCCUCCGCCGACGCGCUGGCCGACGAUGACCAUGCGAGACACCGCUCGGCGCGGCCGUAACGGCGCGACACUCGCCCACGGGCCCACCAGGCGGGAACUCAGAGGCACGCGCGCCCCCGCUCCGCCAGGUCAAGACGCGACACUCCCUAAAAUUAUGCUCACGUGGCGAAAAGUAACGACGCGACAAUCCCCAAUAAGUGACGCUCACGAAUUCGCGAUCGCCCGGCUAAGCUCACUCGCUAAUCAGGACACUCGUAAGGCGGCAUGUAAAUAAUAUUAUGUGCGUCUACGCUCCGCUAAUCCGUAACGACGCGACAUUUCCCAAUAAGUGGUUCACAACGCGCACCCGCUCCGAGCCUCUGUGAUGCAUAGAAUAUCUACAAGUGAGAAUGAACAAGACAAGUGAUAUCAGUUCAAAAUUGCUAGUGCUAGACGUUUGUAAAAGAAUGAGUGAAACCUAAGAUGCAGACUGUCUAUUCAGUGGCGUAACUAUACCACAUCCGAGGCCCGUGGCAAAUUCUGUGCAUGGGGCCCCCCUUGGCGAAUCUAUGGUUAAUCGCCCUGAAGCAUCGCUGAGGGGGGCGAUUAGGGUCUUCCGUGGCAUUUUGCCAGCCCAGCCUAGUUACGCCACUGAGGCUAUAUCAUUUACUGCUCCUGUUGUAAAAGUAUUCACAAGUACAAGUACGUUAUCCUGAAUCAAAAAUGUGACAGAUUUGAAAAAUUUAGUGUAGCUAGCUUGUUUAACGCCAUUUCCUCUUUCUAUUGACUUCCUACAGAUGUCCCCCUACCCCUUUCCGCCUUCCAGUUAUCCCUUGUCUAUAAAUUAAAAUAUAUUGUAUUGUAUAGCAAAUUAUUGUACAUUUAUUAUGUCAAUUAAUAUUAUAUAAGAUUUAACAAAUAAUUAACUGUAAGUGUAUUAAAGAAUAAUAAAUAAGUAAGCAUUUACUCUUGAAGUAACUAAAAUGUUAUUGUUUAUAAGAAAUUAAAUAUAAAUUACAUAAUUUCCAAUAAGUAAAAUGAUGCAAAAAUGUUAAAUCCCAUUUAAAUUGGAAGAAAAAUCUCAAAUUUUGUUAUGAAUUUUAAUUCAAUUAAAAAAUCUAGUCAUUUGUUAUUAUGAAAUGUAUUACUAUAAUAAUAUUCUCAGAUUUAUUUGGUUUUGAAAGAUCUUAUUUUUAGGCACUUUAAUAAAAGUCUUGUAUAAAUAAUAAUAAUUUAAUCAAUGGUGUAAUUAACUAAUAAACUGUUUAUGACA